AUGGAGUUUCAAUUGAUGUUUCCAAAGUUUGAACCGAUUCGAUUUAUCCAUCAUAUCAAGGACUCACAGUGCACACCUGAUCGAGAUCUGAUGUAAGACAUUGAAAAGUUUUGUAGUUUUUAGUUUAUAAAGAUUACUUGCUUGUUAUACUUAGUAUUAUCACUUUUCAGAACAUACGUUGACUUUAAUGGAUGUAUGGUUGCAAACACUCAUACAUUAAAUACGGCUACUACAAGAAGGUUGGAGGUAAUGAAACAAGGUAAUGCUUUACAUUAUUUUGGUUUAUAUUAUAUAUAGGGUAAGGUAGGGUAGGACAGCUCAGGUUAGGACAUUACAAGCUAGGAAAGAAAGGUAAGGGUAGGGUAGGGUAUAGUAGAGUAGGGUAGGGUAGACAUGAGAAAAGGCCCGGCCCGGGCCUGCAAUCGGUCCGGGCCGGCCUUGAGCAAAAUUUAGAUCGGGCCGGGCCUUGGAAAGUCGGGCCGGGCCUGGAAAAAAAAUUUCUAAAUUUUUAAAAAUUUUUAAUUUUAAUUUCCGUUUAUGUUUUUAGAUUUUAUUGGGUUCUAUGAUCCAUAAAUGAUCUAAAAAAACAAUUUAAAGCCAAUUUUCCGUUUAGUUUUUAAGUUUCAAAAUUUUUAAAAUUUUUUAAAACGGGCCGGGUUUGAAAAUUGGGCCCGGCCCGGCCCGUUUCUCAUGUCUAGGGUAGGGUAGGGUAGGGUAUUGUAGGGUAGGGUAGGGUAGGGUAGGGUUGGGUAGGGUAGGGUAGGAUAAGGCUCACUUUCUUCUUCCUUAUACAAAGUAUCUUAUUGUUACCUAAAAUUCUGUUUCAGGCGGAUCUCAGGAUGACAUAGCAUCAACAAUGUACAAUAAAGAAGAUGUCGAGUUUUCGGUGAACAAAACUUCAAUUCACAUUAGUAAUGGGCAUGAAAGUUUGUUACCUAAACAUUGUAAUGGAGUAUUUAAACUGAACAAAGGAUCUCAAAUUGUAGUACCUGUUACCAUUGAAUUCAGCGACUCGAGUUGCGAGGUUGAACUUGAGUUUGUAAGUUACUUUUGAAAAAUAAAAAAAAGAACUUUUAACAAAAAAUUUUAAUCUACCUUAUCCUAUCAUACUCUACACUUUAAUGUUUCAAAAUUCAAUUUUCACUUAUUUUAGCUAAACGGAAUUCCUCGCAGUCCAGAGAAACGUCGCUUUACCGUACCCGAGAAAGUACUUACCGUAUCCUCAGAUGACACUCCGGAAAGGCUUGAUAACAGAAAGAUUCAAGCGUUGGAUUCAGCACACUUCUCACGCUACGACGAUGAAACUAUUUUUGUUAAUACUCGCAACGAUCCUAACAGUUACUGGCGUCUGUUUGCUGCUAUGGCCGCUUCAAUGGUGUUUAUGCUGGUUGGCAUCGGGUAUUUUAUCGUCACCAAGUUCAAACCUACUAUUAUUGGGCGGUUGAAGGUAAGGAGGGUUUUUAGAUGUAGUUAUAACUUAAAAAAUUAAAUUGAAAAAUUUUUUAUUUACGGUAAUGUAAAAAAUAUCAUUUUGUUGAGUAGGGUGGAGCAAAGGGUUGAAUCGAAUCUGGAGUAUGAAGCUGGGGGGGGGGAGGGCUUUUGAAUAAUAGUUAAGAUAUGUUCUAUUGAGAUUAAGAGCGACGACAGGAUAGAGGCCAGAGCAGAGUCUUGGGCGUGGAUUUUUUUAGAAUUUAGGGUAGAGUCGUGGGUAGUCGUAGGAUAGCGGUUUGAGUAGAGACUUCUAGAAAGGUUAGGGUAGGGACUACAGUAGAAGCUCGUGUUUAGUUUAGUUAACGUUUUGGUAGGGUAGUGUAAAGUAAGGUGAAAGAAGUACGGUAGAUUAAGUUAGGCUAAUAUAAGGUACGGUAAAGUAGAAUAAGAUAUGGUAUGGUAAAGUUGGGAAGAGUAGGGCAAGGCAAGGCAAGGCAAGGCAAGGCAGGGCAGGGCAAGGCAGGGCAGGUCAGGGCAAGGCAAGGCAAGGCGAGGCAAGGCAAGGCAAGGCAAGGCAAGGCAAGGCAAGGCAAGGCAAGGCAAGGCAAGGCAAGGCAAGGCAAGCGUACGAUAAGAUAAACUAGUAACUUCAAUUUUUUAGAUAACUACGGCAGGGGUAAAUGAAAAAAAAAAAUUUUUUUUUUAGCCAAACACAAUGUCAUUCUCCAAUCCCAAUAUUGAACUGAGCAACCAGCCAGGACAAGGGCCAGAUGCUGAACCAAAUUCAAAUCAAGUCAUUUUUUCUUCGGGCGGUGUGAUAUUUAAAAACCAUGACAAUCCGACUGAAAAUCUAAAUCAUGGUGCCAAUAAUACUGGUUUCACAAAUCGUAUCUACGAACAGUCAUUGUAA